AAGGAACCUCAGACUGGGCAUCUUCAGGAGGCUCAGAUGAAGGAAUAUAUUCAGUACCCGAAGAAGCAAAGGAAGAAGUACUAUCACCGAGAAAGUUCUCUGAGACAACAGAAAUAAUUCUACCCCUAGAAUUAGUAAUCAUAACACGACGAGAUAAAGGAACAUCACUUAAAGGAGUAACUGAACGAGAAGACAUAGUUAAAAAUAAUAGAUUAUUGUGA